AUGUCUAGUGAGGUUACGACGUUGAUAGGCGUGAGCUCGAUGCUUCUGGCGCUGGUCACGAUAUUCGUCACGAUUCGAUUCUUUGUGCGCAGUUUCCUAUUACGGAGUCUCGACUGGGACGAUGUCCUAGUGCCUGAUGGUGGUCCUGUUGAGCACAGUAAUAGCCAGAUCACCUCCCUUCGGGUCGUCAUCUCGCUUGCCUAUAUCUGGGGCUUCGUCACCGUCAAAAUGUCCUUUGCGGUUCUUUACCUGAGGUUACUCCCUGGCACCGUCUAUCGACGGCUCAACCAGGUAUUGCUAGUUUUACUACUUGCGCAAGGCCUUGAGGAGUCCCUGGUCGUCAUCUUCCGGUGCAACCCAGUUGAUAAAGCAUGGACGCCCGCCAAAAGGGGUCAUUGCCUAGACUUGAGAAGUUUUUACUAUACCUCUCCUAUUCCGAUGGUUUGGAGAAUGCAGCUAUCUAGAGCGAAAAAGAUAGGCGUAGUGUUGAUGCUUUCCCUCGGCCUGUUUGUCUGUGUCAUAUCGAUCGUCAGAGUUACCUACAUUUCGGUGUUGAAUACCGAUGUCACACAUGCCAUUGUGUCCUCCCUUCUUUGGUCCGAGGUUGAGGUCAGCGCACUGGUCCUCUGCGCCUGCAUUCCCUCGUUCCGGCCGUUCCUUCGCUGUUUCCCAAGAGUCAACAAGGCUCUCGGACUCUCAUCAGGCGAGGACUCGAACAUGCGGUAUACCCGACGCGUGAGUCAGAAUCGGCGGCCGGUGCUAUUGACGAGCCAGAGCGGGAGUCAUAAACAUUCACGAAGGGCAACAUCCUGUUACAUCUACAAUCUAUUCUGGUACGCUCGAAGCACCAACUAUAUCUGUUUUUCGAAGCCCAGUCAGAUCUCCAGAGACACAAGGUCCACACUACUGCGACGUGUACAUGCCACAGCCUCACUCAUCUGUGGCGUUGCAGCCUAA